AUGGGACCUCCAAGGCCAUUUAUCGCUACAAGUUUCACAACAAGUGCAAGAAUUGGUCAAGAAGAUAGACCCGAUUGUCUAGAAAUUGAAGCACCAUGUACUUCUACUAAAGGAGAUGAAGAAAUUCUAUUGAAUAGACCAGAUGAACGGGAAACUGAUGAUGGCACUACCGGUACACCACAGGUAGUGCCAUCGUCGGAUGGUGAUAAUAUCAUUGAGGAGCCAAAGUCGAGGAUGGAGUUCAAUUUGUUUGAAGAUUUGUUGAGCUAUUAUAAGAAUUAUGCUAAAAAAUGUGGGUUUGGGGUGAUGACACAAAGGAGUGAGAGGUUAGAAGAUCAAAGUGUCAAAUAUGUCACCCUUGGUUGUGCACAGGGAGAGAAGGCCCGAAAUAAGACUUCCAAUGUCGCCAACCCACGUCCAACGGGAAAAAUGGACUAUAAGGCAAAGAUUAUUGCCUUAAGAGUAGAGGGAAAGAUGCGGUUGACAAUAGUCCAUAAUACACAUAAUCAUGGCCUUAACCCAAUGAAAUUCUGCUUCUUUCGAUGUAACAGAGAAGUAAGUGAGUCUGUUAAAAGAGUCCUAGACACAAAUGACUUAGCUGACAUCCGAUUAAAUAAGAGUUACAAAUCUCUUGUCGUUGGCCCAGGUGGUUUUGAGAACCUUCCAUUUUUGGAAAAUGAUUGUCGCAAUUACAUCGAUAAAGCACGACAUCUACGACUUGGCGCAUGUGGUGUUGGAGCACUUCGAGAUUAUUUUAUGAGGAUGCAGUACAAGAAUAACGGGUUUUUUGCAUUGAUAGAUUUAGACGAUGACAAGAGGUUAAAGAAUGCUUUUUGGAUAGAUCCAUGUAGUCGGGCAGCCUACCAGUAUUUUAGUGAUGUAGUUACAUUCGACACCACAUACCUGACAAAUAGGUAUGGGAUGCCCUUUGCACUAUUUGUUGGUGUAAACCACCACGGACAGUCAAUUCUUUUGGGAGCUGGGUUGAUUUCCAAUGAGGACACAUAG